UCGUAACAACUGAGUGAGGUGAGCAAGUGGGGAGAGAUCUGUUCAUUGACGGACUCCGCAGUCGAACGAUAAGGGCAAAGUUGCGAAAGCAAUUUUCCCCCAUCACUCAUACGCUACAACAAAUUAUGGCUGCUGCGGAAGAAAUGGAACGGAAGUUCGCGGCGAACUUCCUGGACGGAGAAGACUACCCUAGAGACGGAGAUUCGACCGAGCUAGCACGAGCGAGAGCAGAACUGGCCGCCUUGCAGAACAAAUUUGAAAACAUGGGGUUUGUAUCAGGACAUGUCACCUAUAUGGAACAGAUAGGCCCCAAACGAGUAAUCCUAAGUGAGACUCCGAGCAUCUCUGCCCCUAUGAUGCCCCCGCCCGUCAGGGCAUUACCCUCGCCGCCGGUUGAGACUCCUGUACGAUCAAACGAAUCGGCGGCCAUUUUCGAACUAACCAAAACCUUGAUUAGCUUGAUCCAGGAAAGGAAAAAGGAGCAGCGAGAGCACAAUGCUCGACUGAAAGCUAUGAUGAGGAAUAUGCGACCCAUUGCGGUAUGCGCCCCUCCGAUGCAGCAAGGAUUAGCCCUGGCCCGUGCGCUCGGAGGAGUCGCAAAUAAUCUGAAUGUCUGUUACGCCUGUCAUCAGCCAGGCCAUCUAGCCCGUGAUUGCCCCCACCGACCCCCGCAACAGCGAAUUGGGGUCGCACCUAUGGCUGUGGCUCCCAUCGCCAACGGACCUGGACGAGUCGGAGCCCUAAUGGAAGAUGUAGAAAGUGGGGGAAGUGCCCUGGCCACCACGGAAGAGGCCGCCGAACUGAUCCCGCUAGAUCAGUAUGUGUCGCUGGGAUAUCCUGGGCUAAGAAUGAUCGGAACAAUCAGACCAGCGCCAGAACCAAAAGAGGUGGCGGAGUGGCAACCGUCCCUAGGAGAAAUGGAGUCGGGAGGACCCACCUUCGUCACAGGGGAGAUCGAUGUAUUAAACAUCAUCCGAGCCUUGGACCAUCGGAUUCCCCUUCCGAUUGGCCAUCUGCUCUCGAUCUCCGAGCAAGCCAAUGAGCGAAUGUUACAACAUUGCAAAGCGAACCGAAAACGAUUCGCCCUUGCCCGAACCCUGAACGCGAAAGCCAAAAACCCCGCGCCCGAAGAAAACCCCGCAAGUACUUCGGAACCAAUACGGAUUGCGCUGGAGAAAAGCAAAUUUUUCCUCUCGGAAAUUUCGUUCUUAGGCUAUGUCGUGACAAGUGGAGGAUUGCGGCCAGAUUCGAGAAAAGUUGCGGCGGUGAAGGAAGCUCCGGUUCCUACGUCACUGACGCAGGUUCGAGCCUUCUUGGGACUGGCGUCGUACUACCGGCGCUUCAUCAAGAGCUUUGCCGCGAUUGCACGACCACUAACGAAUCUGCUACGGAAGGACCAGCCUCUCAGCUGGGACGCGGAGUGCCAGCAGGCCUUUGCAACCCUCAAGGACGCUCUAGCAACGGCCCCUAUUUUGAUUCGACCGGACCCCUCGAAGCAGUUCAUUCUCAUCACGGACUGGCAAUCGGAAGCUAUUUCCGCUGUCCUAGCACAAAAGGGGAACGAUGGUCGCGAACACGUCAUCGAGUAUGCGUCACGAACCGUACCGGACGAACGAAGAAACGACUCCGCACCUCAGGGUAAGCGUUAUGCGGUAGUUUGGGGAAUCCAACACUUCCAUCCGGAUCUCUACGGACAAAAGUUUCGCCUCGUAACGGACCACGAGCCUCUGCUGGCGCUGAAGAAACUCACCAACUACACGGGCAUGAUUGGCCGUUGGGCGGUGCGACUACAAGAAUACGACUUCGAUAUCGUCCAUCGAAAGACAGAGCGACAUGGCAACGCGGACGGGCUGACACGCCUGCAUCGACCUGCCAAGUUCUUCUGCAUUGCGGGUGUAUACGGCGCGGCAGAGUUCCGAUUCACAAGUAAUCCACAAGUAGUGGUGCUGGCCGAGGCAACGACGUUCCAACGGGGAGUGGCCCCGGGAAUCAGCCACGUGUCCACCGUGGUAGUCUUCAGCGGCGACAUCACCGCCUUCGAUCCGGCGCGGCAAGCCGCCAUCAAAAGCGCCUUGUACCGAAUUUGUCGAGCUCUCGUUUUGCCUGCUACGAGUGGAUCUGAAUUGGACGUGGGAAGGCGAUCAGAGGCCCGCAUCAGAGAUUGUGGAGUUGCUCGUCAUUCAGGUGUGGAGGACCAACGUGGCGGGAGAUCUUUUGGGAUUCGUCUUUGGAGCAGUGGUUCGAGGAAACUGAUCACAGAUCGUGCGCGAACUUACGAUCGUGAUCGCGCGAUUGGCCGACGAACUCCCCCUCGACAUCGUCUCUCAGAGCGACGAAGAACCCGUGCCACAUACCCUCUCAAGGACUCUCGCCCCGAGCCUCCAGGGGUCCGCUUGUAUCGAGGAGCGUUGGGCGGACGACCGUUUCCCUCCCGUAGAGAGUACCUGGACGUCCACAGUCUGACUAAUCCCCGCUUCUUUCGGCAACCAACGACGUUCGAGUGGGCAGCACUGAGAGCAAAAGAGGAGGCCGAAGAGGAAUCGGAAGGAGAAUUGAGGAGAGAGGCCGGGGAAGCAGCGGCCCGAUUGGCCGAGGACGAGGAAGAAGAGCGUGAAGCCGAAGAAGAGUCGGCGGAAGCUGAAGAAGAAGAAGAAGAAGCAGAGGAGGAGACUUCGGAGGAAGAGUACAGCGAGGGCAAGCAAAGUGAGGAGGAGGACGAAAACGACGAAGAAGCGGGAAGAGGGGACGACCAGGAGCCAACGCAUGACGAGCUCGAGUGGGUGCCAGGACCAGAUCGGCGAGAGGAGAACCCGGAGGCUCCUGCGCAACGCAAGAAAGAGACCGUGGAAGGAAAGCGGCUGGCGAUCGAUCCCGCACCAAACGAUCCUUUAAAGGAUCCCGAGCCGCCCAAACCGGAACAUGGAGACCUUGCUGCCACGACCUCGGGAGCCGCUGUCAGGCGGCCAUAAGCAGUGCGCCGCCUGAGAAACGCAGUUUUGGGACUUAGGCUCAGGGACAAAUCCGUGUUUUGAUGGUAGUCUCGUAUGACCAGGCAACAAAAAUUAGGGGAACUC